CCCAGGAAGCAGAAGCAGCGACGUGAUCACGUGUCGGCCAAAGAUGGCGCCCCGGCGACCCGAGGGAAGGUUGUGGUGAACCCGGGCGCGGGAGACCCUAGGAAAGCACCGGCGGCUGGAAGGAGGGCAUAAGGUGCCGCUCAUCCGGCGGAGCGUCCAAGAUGGAAGAGCAUAAACAAAGUACUAUCAAAGACGACUUAAUAUUUAAUAUCAUAUCCAGAAAAAUUAAACAACUUCCGGAAUCAGAAAGGUAUCUGCUUCAACAUGGAUCCAUAUAUGUCGGACUUAAUGCUGCUUUCAGUGGCCUAAUAGCAAACAGUCUUUUCCGGCGCAUCCUGCAUGUGACACAAGCUCGGCUAGCUUCUAGCUUACCAAUGGCCUUGAUGCCAUUUAUGACAGCGAGCCUGACUUUCACAGGUUUUGUAAGUUUACCUUUGAAUGAAGGUGCCUUGAACUGUGAGGCCUGUGCCAUGACCCGGGGCGCACUGGUCGGUUUUGGUAUGGGUGGUGUAUACCCUGUCCUUUUGGCUAUUCCUGUGAAUGGAAGCCUUGCUGCCAGGUAUGAAUCAAGCCCUCUGCCACAGAAAGGAAACUUCUUAAAUUACUGGAUUACAGUUUCUAAGCCUGUCUGUAGAAAGAUGGUAUUUCCCAUUGUACUUCAGACUGUGUUUGCCGCAUACCUUGGGUGCAAACAAUAUAAUCUCCUCAUAAAGGCCCUUCAGCUACCUGAACCUGGCUCAGAAAUUCACUGACUUAAAGCAAAUAUGUACAACAAAAAUAAAAUAAUCUGUUUCUUAUAUUAAAAA